AUGCGAGGAUGCCUGCAGGUGCUCCGAUGGCUGAGCACAUCGAGUCCACGGAGAUCCGCGCUUAGCUCGCUCACCCAGCUCACCCAGCUCAACCAACGCCGCUCGUUUACCAGCACUUUCGCCCAAGCCGCCUCCAAAGCCGCCUCAGACCUCGAAAAGCGAGUCGCCGCUAUUCCAAUCGAGCGAUAUCGAAACUUUUGCAUUGUCGCACACGUCGACCAUGGCAAGAGCACGCUGUCGGAUCGGCUGCUGGAAAUCACGGGCGUGAUCCAGCCUGGCUCGAACAAACAAGUCCUGGACAAACUAGACGUCGAGCGCGAACGUGGGAUUACAGUAAAGGCCCAGACAUGUACAAUGCUGUACAAUCACAAGGGGGAGGACUAUCUGCUACAUCUUGUCGAUACUCCCGGCCACGUCGAUUUCCGCGCCGAAGUCUCUCGCAGUUAUGCCAGUUGCGGAGGCGCACUACUACUGGUCGAUGCCAGCCAGGGAGUGCAGGCACAAACGGUGGCCAACUUUUACCUGGCAUUUGCUCAGGGCCUCGAGCUCAUCCCGGUUAUCAACAAGGUGGACCUGCCAUCGGCCGACCCGGAACGUGCUCUCGAGCAGAUGAAGAGUUCGUUUGAGAUUGAUACAGAAAAUGCGGUUAGAGUUUCUGCAAAGACGGGACUGAACGUUGCGAAACUGCUCCCGACGGUGAUUGAGGGGAUUCCAGCACCCGUGGGUGAUUCCACAAAGCCGCUUCGCAUGUUACUUGUGGAUUCGUGGUAUUCGACGUACAAAGGUGUCAUUCUUCUGGUGCGAGUGUUUGAUGGAGAGAUUCGCGCCGGGGACCAGGUGAUCUCGUUUGCUACAGGUCUAAAGUACUUUGUCGGCGAGGUUGGAAUGAUGUAUCCGGACCAAACGCCCCAGUCUGUUCUUCGAGCGGGCCAGGUGGGAUACAUCCAUUUCAACCCAGGCAUGAAGCGAAGCAAGGAAGCAAAGAUUGGCGAUACGCUCACCAAAGUGGGAUUCGAAAAGAAGGUCGAGCCUCUCCCCGGUUUUGAAGAGCCCAAGGCGAUGGUUUUCGUGGCGGCAUAUCCCAGUGACGCGGACCACUUUGAGCACUUGGAAGACAGCGUGAACCAGCUGAUGCUGAACGACCGAAGUAUCACAGUCCAAAAGGAGUCGUCGGAAGCUCUUGGGGCUGGUUUCCGACUGGGGUUUUUGGGCACACUACAUUGUUCUGUGUUUGAAGACCGGCUGCGACACGAGCACGGCGCCAGUAUCCUCAUUACACCGCCGACGGUGCCGGUAAGAGUUCUCUACAAGGACGGCAAGGAAGUAACGAUUACGAACCCGGCACGCUUUCCGGAUGAAGACGAUGUGCGGAUGAAGGUGGAAGAGAUCCGCGAGCCGUAUGUUUUGGCAACCAUUACAUUUCCCGACGAGUAUCUCGGCAAAGUAAUCGAACUGUGCGAGGCAAAUCGCGGCAUCCAGCUGAGCUUGGAAUACUUUACAUCCACACAGGUGAUUCUCAAAUACGAACUACCGCUGGGACAGCUGGUGGAGGACUUUUUCGGCAAGCUCAAGGGGUCCACCAAGGGAUACGCAAGCCUGGACUACGAAGACGCCGGGUGGAAGGCCAGCAACAUUGUCAAGCUGCAGCUGCUCGUCAACAAGAAGCCGGUGGACGCGGUGUCCCGGAUCGUGCACAACAGCCAGGUCGAGCGGCUAGGCAAACAGUGGGUAGCCAAGUUCAAGGAGCACGUCGACCGGCAGAUGUUUGAGAUCAUCAUCCAAGCAGCAGUCGGCCGGCGCAUCGUGGCGCGCGAGACGAUCAAGCCGUUCCGCAAGGACGUGCUGGCCAAGCUGCAUGCCAGUGAUGUCAGCCGACGACGCAAGCUGCUCGAGAAGCAGAAAGAAGGGCGCAAGCGUUUGAAUGCGGUUGGGAACGUGGUUAUCGAUCACAGCGCGUUCCAGGCGUUUCUAUCCAAGUGA